AACCACCACCGCGGCCCCAAAGCCCCGAAUUUAAACCAUCGUCUUCAUCAGCUUCGUAGACCCACAUCUCAAUUUCGCAAAUAUCAACACGAUGUUUCACCACCCACAACAGCAGCAGCAACAACAACAGCAACAUUUGGGUUAUGAAGAAGCAGCACCAAGCAGUAGCAGCAAGGCGAGUCUGUUGAUUCGUCACCUCCCAGAAGCCAUCCCCGAAGAGACCCUCUUCCGCUUACUCUCCCACUACGGCGCUUCUUCCGUCCGCUCCUGCUCUCCUACCGGCAGGUUGAGAAACUGUGCUUUUGUCGAUUUCCAAAACGAGGGUUUGGCUUACCAAGCACACCGCCAGCUCAAUGGGUUGAGGUUUCUUGGCAAGGUGUUGAAAGUGGAGAGGGCUACUAGCAAUAGUGACAAGGCAUUGCCGGAUGGAAAGAAGGAUGCGGUUUCUAUGCCCCCCAAUUCGACAUCUUCUUCGACUGCCAAAAGAGACACUGGAGAAGCUGAGGUUUUGAGAUCAGAGGCUAUCGCCCCGAGGCUUGGGGUGGAUUACUGCUUUCCUCCUCACAUUGAGUAUGCUUACCCACCACCAGAUGGAAAUAUCCUGACCAACAUUGUAAAUGCUCUUAUUGCCGUUCCUCGCUUUUACACUCAGGUUUUGCACUUGAUGAACAAAAUGAAUAUCCCAGCUCCAUUUCGCAUGGCUCUUCCCUCUCCACCUCUACCACCUGCAGCACCUGUGCCAUCUCCCCCACCUCCCCCUCCUCUAGCUGCAAGGCCUCCCGCUGCAGAUAUAUCAAGUGACGAGUCUGAAAUGGAGUCUUCAGAUGAGGAGGAGGUGUCGAUGGGAGCUUCAAGAGGAAAGAAACGUGUCAGACGAGAAUCUAUUAUUGGUCCUGCUGUUGAUAAAGGUGUAGCACAUGAAAAUGUUGGAUUAAAAAAAGCUACAUUAGUUCCAAAAGAGAUGCCGAUGAUAAAGAAGAAGAAUCCGCUGCUACAUAUAACGAUUGCCCAGAAAGUUGUUAACAAUGAGCAUAAAGAUGACAGCACCACCAAAGAAGAAGAGCUUCCGGAAACUGAGAGUUCAGUUGUUAACCCUUUUGCAACUCCAGAAGAACUAGAAAAAGGAAAGUUGCCUCCAGAAGAAAUAUUAUCGCUUCCAAUGUUUAAGAACUAUACUGCCGGGACUCCUGCCCCCGUGUUGUAUAUAAAGAACUUGGCAAAGGACAUUGUUGCUGAUGACUUCUACUACAUAUUUGGGUCAUUAUUUGGAAGCGUUGAUGCAGCCAAAUCUGGUCUCAGCGUGAAGCUAAUGCAGGAAGGAAGAAUGAGGGGCCAAGCUUUCGUGACAUUUCCUUCAGUUGAACAAAGCCAAUAUGCUUUGAAUCUAGUGAAUGGGUAUGUAUUCAAGGGCAAACCAAUGAUCAUCCAGUUUGGCCGUAAUCCUGCAGCUGCUAAAGCAACUUAAGUAGACAGUAUCAGGGAAAUUUCCAAGGAAUCAUCAAGCAAGAAUAUGGAAUGCCCUGGGCGAGAGAAACUUCAGAGAUAUUCCAUGGAGCAAAACUGGAUUUGGAGCUGGUGCUGGCUGGAGGAUACAUGCUGGUCCCGACAAGACAUUUCCUGCAUCAGCUAACAGACUAACAUACAUAAUUUCUCACUAAUUUCAUGCUGUAUCAAAAGUCUCGGUGCCAGCUGGCUGGUUGUUUUAACUGGGUUAUACAGGAAGGUUCAAGCAAGGAUAUCAUUCAAGCAAAGCUUAGUCCAUCCAGAGUUAUUUGCAGUUGUAGAGUCUUAUGCAGGGUACCAAUUGUAAUUAUCUUACAAGCCGUCCUUGUAGUUAUUUUUACAAAUUGGAAAAUAAUCUCACUUACAGACUGAAUGAAGAUACAAUUAUGAGAAGCCUGUAAAGGCUGAAAGAAAAAUAUACUAUGAAAGAUUUGCAAAUCUGCACCCCCAAAGUUGACAAUCUGCAGUUUUGCAUUUCUUUUUCUUCCAUGGUCUGAUAACAUGAG